GCCCCAUUGUCGCCUCUCGGUAGCCGCGGUGGGCGCCUGUGGGCAGGGGGCUCUCGGGUGUCAGCGGCGCAGGGGCAGUGAGCGUGGAGCGUGCGCAGCGGAGCGGGUUCGAGAUUGCCUUGCCACCGCCGCGGCGUUAGGAGGAGGGAUCUGCGCUUGUGCAGAAGCCUGCUCGUUGCUUUACUUUUGCAGCCCGGGGCAGGGACAUUAUGCCGAAGAGAAAGUCUCCAGAGGGUGCUGAGGGCAAGGAUGCAGCAAAAAUAACUAAACAAGAGCCCACAAGACGAUCGGCAAGAUUGUCAGCUAAACCUGCUCCACCAAAACCUGAACCCAAACCAAGGAAAACCACAAAGAAGGAACCUGGAACAAAGGCUAACAAAGGUGCUAAAGGGAAGAAGGAUGAAAAGCAAGAAGCUGCAAAGGAAGGUACUACACCAUCUGAAAAUGGUGAAAAUAAAGCUGAAGAGAUUCGCAUCUCUCGCUCAACUGUUAGUGUUUCAACAUCCAGAGGUGCCCCACCCAGCACACUGUCAGUAAAAGGGCAGAUUGAAACAGUGAAAGUUAAGGGCACAGAGAACUGAAUCUGUAGGUGACAAGAGCGAAUGAAUUGUCAUGAAAAUUUUGGGUUGAUUUUAUGUACCUCUUGGACAACUUUUAAAAGAUAUUUUUAUCAAGUAUUUUGUAAAUGCUAAUUUUUUUAGGACGAUGAUAGUUGACAUAUUAAACUGUAUAGGAACAUAUCCCUUCUCAUAACCAUGCUCUUAGAAAUUCCCAUUGCUGCCAAGUAAUAUAAAUAUCAACUUAGCAUUGGAAGGUGUGUGUCAAAUUGGAUCAGCAUUCCAUACACUCGCUUUAAGAAAUUAAGUCUUGUGCAUAUGGUGAUGGUUUUUACUGUGUGUAUUUGAAUUUUUCAUGCAGUUUUUCUAGAGCAAUAAUCAGUGGUGCUUUUGUACUUAGGGUUUAUGUGAUUUUAAUGAAACAUGGAUAGAUGUGGCCACCUGCUGACUAUUCUGGGUUCUAUUAAUGGAUUAAAAUAAAAGGUCUCCUUGCCUGCAAAUCUACAGCCUCCUAAUGUUUUCUCUAAAUUUGAGGAAUGCCUGACUCAUUUUUUAACUAUUGUGUGGAAGACUAAAUGGUUUAGCAGCUAUUGUGUUCUGCAUGCACUACGUUUAACGCUUUUUGCUGGUCUCUAAUAAACAUAUUUAAAUGUCCACAUAUGAGUAACAGGUCAAGAUUUUCAAUGGUCCACAUAUUAAUGGACUUCUCAAUAUGAACCAGUGUAUUCGUAUUUACUAUCACAGCUGUGUAUUACUGUACCAGUAUAACAUACAGUGAGAUACCAAAACAGAAUGAAUUGCUUGAUUGAAGCAAAUGUACAGUAACUGAAAGGCAUGCAGGAGUAGCUUUGCUUCCUCUCUCCCUGCCCUCUCACCCCCAUCCAAUACAGGAGUUUUUAAUUUCAGCAGCCUAUUACAUGGGACUCUUGUUUCUAUCUACAGCCCCAAAUUUAACAUAAAAUAGUAAUUGCUGUUCUGCUUCAGCAGACAACAGUUGUAAAUGUACUGCAAUUGCUGUUAAACAGCACUAUACUUGGUAUGUGGUGGAGAUGGAACAAUUAAAGUAUUUUUGAGGGGCUUGUGGUGGUGGUAAAUUAGCUAAUGAUCUUUUGUACCUAUACAUUACACCUCUCCAGCUCAUUAUAAGCGCCUUUGAUAGUUUUCUCUUUAUCCUCUUCUGGAACUCUAGUAUUUCUAUUAUUGUUUGUGGGGGGUUGGAAGGUGAGAAAGAAAUGUUCCCUGUUCAGUAACAUUUAUUUGUAUUGCUGAAGUGGUGGCCAUUAUAUCUGGGGAUACUUUUGUUUGUUUCAGUCAAUAAAUAAAUGACUGUAUUGCUUGA